UCCUGGUUGGCUGGUUGAUCGUGACGGUGGUCAAUUUCGGAACAAUGUUGAAGUUUGUGAUUUGUCUGGCAUUCCUGGGCUUGGUGGCCGCCUACGACUUCAAGGAUUCGUUCUACAACGAACUCCUGCUGGAAGAUCUGCUCGACUCGGAGGAUGUCCUGACCUCGGCCGAUCGGUUCCGGCGUUCCCCGGCCAUGGCGGACCCGGCGGACGACAAGUGCAAGAAGCAGCACCACAAGCACAAGUGCUGCAACGAUGCCAACACCGACAACCUGGACAAGAUCCGCGACCUCAAGAAGCAGUGCUUCAGCGAGCAGAAGACCAAGGAGCGUUCGGCGCGCGGCAUGAUCGACCCCGUGGACAUGUUCAACUGCGAGAAGAUGAACAAGACCAAGCAGGACCUGAUCUGCGCCAUCGAGUGCGUCGGACGCAAAAAGUCCAUCCUGGACAAGGACGGAAACCUGCUCGAAGCCACCAAGCUGGUCCCGUUCGUGAAGGAAAACUUUGCCGCUGACCCGUGGCAAGAGCCUCUCGUGGAGGGCUUCGUCGAUACCUGCCUGAAGGAGGUCGCGGAAAAGAUGGCCGCCAAGACGGAGGAGUUCCGGUGCAAUCCGGCCUCGUCCCACUUUGGCUACUGCAUGUGGCGCCAGACGACGAUGGCCUGCCCCAAGGAAAAGCAGGAGCAGUCGAAAAAGUGCGAAAAGAUCCGCGAGAAGCUGGCCAACAACGAACCGAUUACGAUGUUCGGCAAGCAUGACUUUGAUGACAACUAUGAUUUCAUCCUGGAGAACUUCUACACCUACCAAACCAAAAACCCAAACCUGUUGAAAAUUGGCGAACCCCAAGAUGGCACCUGCAAGCGACCCCUCAAGUACCACUGCUGUGACAAUCUGAACGAGGAGCAGAACCUGCAGCUGGAGGUGUCCAAAAUCGAAUGCUUCGUCGAGCACGUCCUGACCAGUGCCGAGGGCGUCAUCGAUGCCAAAAAGAUCGCCGGCCCGUUGGACAUAUUUUCGUGCGAAAAGCUCAAGAAAAUGCAGGAGGAAUUUGUGUGCGUGUCGCAGUGCGUUGCCCGGAAGUGGAACAUGACCGACGAGGCCGGAGAUUUGUUCAGCGCCGAAGCGGUCGGCCCGAUCGUUAAGAAGUUCUACGCCGAACAGGUGUACGAAGAUGCGCAGGUUGACAGGUUUGUUAAAGAGUGCGUGGAAUACACGGACAAGUACGCGGCUGCCACCACCGAACCGCAGUGUAAUCCGGCGGCCAGCAGUUUUGCGUACUGUAUGUGGCGCAAAUCGAACCUGGAAUGUCCGGACGCCAAGCGGGACACGUCGGCGGCCUGCGAGCAGCUGCGGGAUAAGCUGACGGAGUCCGCCAUGUCCCCGCUGUCCAAAAUGCUGACCCAGCGAUUGGGCGCCCUCGCCCAGCAAAAUACCCGACGACCUGCUGCCACCAGCCUGUUCCACCCCUCGUUCCGGCUGUUCUCCGCGGAACCCAACCCAGACUCCACCCAUCCAUCCAGCGAAUCCUCACAUCUCCCACUGGUCGACCUCCCCGGCCAGGGCAAACUCCGCGGAUCGCUGACCAAGGGCGCCUGGAGUGGCGUCCCCAUCCAGCAGUUCCUAAACGUUCGCUACGCAGAACCUGCCACCGGAUCGCGCCGCUUCAAGGCCCCGCUUCCAGCGGAGCCCUGGGAGGGGGUGCGAGACGUUUCGAAGCGGGGUCGUGCGGCUCCGUACUACGGCGAUAUGAAGAAGCUGCCGAAGGAGGAGCUGCAGGCGACGCUGGGGGAGCUGGAGGACUGCAUCAGCUUGUGCGUGUACACGAAGGAUCUUACAGCUAAGAAGCCGGUGAUCGUGUACAUACACGGAGGUGGAUUCUACAGCGGAAGCGCUUCCCAGCAUCCGCCGGAGUAUCUGCUGGAGAAGGACGUGGUCUUGGUGGUACCUCAGUACAGACUGGCUGCCCUCGGGUUUCUUUCAACUAAAACGGAGAACAUACCCGGCAACGCCGCGAUCCAGGACGUUCUGUUGGCAUUCCAGUGGGUUAAGAAGUACAUCGCACACUUUGGAGGUGAUCCCGACCAGGUGACCGCUUUUGGACAGUCCGCCGGAGCCGGGAUCAUCUCGGCGUUGACGUUCAGUCCGGCAGCGGACGAGUCCCUGUUCGGUAAGGUGAUCCUGAACUCGGGUGCAGGGUUGGCGAGCAGCUGGUCGGUGGACUACAACCCGGAGCGUAACGCUAGGGAUAUCGCACGACGCGCUGGAUGUGACCCGAAGGCGCCCCUUGCGGAGGUUGAGAAAUUCCUGCUCGAGCUGGACACGUACACGCUGUUGAAGUCGUUCUCGCAGCAUAUGUGGCAAGGAACUCCCAACGGGAUCAACACCAUUGGAGGACAUCGCUUCACGAUCGGAGGUCCGUCGGGGGUCUUCCCGAAGACCCCGUACGAGGUCAUGAAGCGCGGUGGUGGACGCAAGAAUCUCCCCAUGCUGACCGGAGUCGUGAAGCACGAGGGAACGUUCCCGCUGGUGGACAUCUGCGUGAUCCUCGCCCACAUGAAGCUACUGGGGAACAAGGACUUUAUGCGGCACGAUCUGCUGGAGGAGCUGUCCCGCAUUCUGGCCGUCAACGAGAACAGCAACUCGUUGGGACCGUUGACCGCCAAGGCGAUGUUCAACGCCGAAGAUCUCAGUUCGGGAGAUUUCCGCAAGCUGAUCCCCAGCUUGAUCGAUUACUGCGGCACGACGAUCAUCAAGGCGACCACGCUGCGAUCAGCCCAGUACAACAGCCGCCACUGUCCGGACCGGACGUUCGUGUACAGCUUCGACUACCAGGGCGAGCAUACGCGCUUCGGAUACGACCAGGACAUCAGCAAGAUUCCGUUCGACGGCGGCGUCCACCACACCAACGACCUGCUGUACCUGUUCCCGUACCCCAAAUCGGCAGCGCAGCUGAACGCCGCCGACACCGAGAUCGCGAAGCGCAUGGUCGAGCUGUGGAGCUCGUUCGCGAUCGACGGAGUCCCACGGACGCCGGAUCUUCCCGAAUGGCCAGCGUUUAAGAAUAUCUACGGCCCGUACCUGCACAUCGACAAGCAGUUCUCCAUCGGACAGAACUUCCUGGACGAGAUGACGGUCGCGACUGAUGAGGCCCGCAGGGCCAAGUGAAUCAGCUGUUCUGGUCACACGCUUAGUAACCAAAACACACCACAAAGAAUUACCCUAAGAGCUUAGCAUGUUAAGUAACUUUAAGAUAGUCGACUAGCCAAAAUAAAUCUCUAGAUAAACGAA